UGCCGCGCCCGCCGGCUCCAGCAUGGACGCCGCCGGCCCGCCGCCCGCCGGUCCCGAGGGACGGGGCCCCGGGAAGGAGGAGGCGGUGUACGCGGAGGUGUGCGGCUCGGCCGGAGCGGAAAGCGGAGCCCGGGCGAGCGGGGCUGCGGGCGGCGAGGCGGCGGUGGCCGCGGAGGGCCCGGCCCCAGCGGGGCAUCGCCCCGAAGCCGCCGCCCCGAGAUGCGGCGCGGGGCCGGGAUCGCCGUCCUCCUCUUCCUGCCCCUCGGCGGGCAGCGCGGCGGGCGGCGGCGGGGCGGAGGAGCCGGCGGCGGCCGGGGGUCAAACCUCUUCCUCCUCCUUGGGCUGCGAGAGCGACGAGGAGGCCGGCGCGGGGCGCGGAGCCGGCGGCCCCCCCCGGAGAGCCCCCGGGGGCGCGCCCGGCGCGGCGGGGCCGCACUACAUCAGCACGCAGGAGAUCCAGCUGAGCGAAGUGGACCACGAUAUGGACUUCGACGCGGGGCUGGCCGCCCGCUGGGACUUCGAGGACGACAACGUGAUCUACUCCUUCGUGGACUACGCCUCCUUCGGCAGCGACGAGACCCCCGGCGACACGCCGACGGAGGAGGACAACAGCUGCUACCUCAGCACGACGCCCAGCGAGCGCACGGCGCGGGCGGACAGCGCGGGCAGCGGCAGCGAGGCGGCGGGCGGCAGCUCGGGCAGCGACGCGCCCCGGCGGCCCGGCGGCGCGGGAGCGAGCCCCGCGGGCCACAUCCUCCUAUCAAUCAAAGCGGCCUCGCGGGCUAUAAAUGAGUGUAGCGCCGCGCGGGAAGAGCGCGACGUAAUCUACGCCGCCGAGCAUGAAGGCGACAUGAGCCUCCGCGUCGCCGCGGCCCCGGAGCGCGCGGCGGGCUUCGGGCAGGACGCCGGCCGCCAGCACGCCAAGAAGUUCAUCGCCGUCCCCGCGCGCCUGCAGACGCGCUGCGGGGCCAGGGAGGCGGGCGGCUGCUCCAGCGGCGCCUCCAGCGCCGUCAGCGAACUGGACGACGCCGACAAGGAGGUGCGCAACCUGACGGCCCGCGCCUUCCGCAGCCUGGCGUACCCCUACUUCGACACCCUCAGCCUCGGCUCCCGCGCCUCCUCCGCCUCCCUCUCCGACCACGCGCUGGGCGUCAACCGCUGGUCCACCUACCUGGACCUCAAAUGCGGCGCGCUGGGGCCGCGGAGCGCGGCGGGCGCCGGGCAGCUGUGCGUGCGCUCCGGCAAGGCGCCCAGCAGAGCGCUGCAGUUCGUGGUCAGCAAGCUGGACGGCGAGAUCGCGCACGUCGAGGCGCCGCCGCCGCCUCGGGGGCCGCUCGGCCUGCGGGAGCCCGGCCGGGCCGCCCGCCCCGGUGAGGAGGAGGCCAGCAAGAAGUCCAAGUUCGCCUCCAGCCUGCUGAAGAACGUCAUCUCCAAGAAGAUGCAGCUGGAGCACGAGUUCAAGAUGGAGCGAGGCGAACUCACCGACACGUCCUCGGCGGGGCCCGGCGCCGCGCUGCCCGCCGGCCGCGACCCGGAGCCCGGCGCCGGGAGCGGCGUUGGGACCGGAGGCGGCGGGCGGCCGCGGGAGGGCGGCGUGCAGCGGCAGAGCUCGCGGCUCUCGGAGGGCGGCUCGGAGCACGGAGCGCCGCCGCCGGAGGAGCCGGGAGAGCGCGGCGGCGGGCGCUCGCCGGCCUCCAAAGCGUCGACGCCGCGCGAGGGCAGCCAGGAGAGAGCUGCGGCGGAGGAGGCGGCCGAGGCCCGGCGGGGCGGCUCGGAGGCGGCCAGGUCCACCUUCCUGCGCAGCCAGCACAGCGCCUUCAGGUCGUGGAAGGAGCGGGAGGCGGAGAGCAGGGAGGAGCGGGCGCCCGGCGGCAAGGCGAAGCUCUCCCCGCGGCCCGAGCCGGGCGAACCGGCCGCCGGCAAGGCCACCAAGCUGUCGCGCCUGUUCGUGCCCGGCAUCCAGCACGCCGCCAAGGAGAAGGAGCCCACCGGGCAGCGCCCCGCCGCGGCCUCGCCGCCCGCCGCCAAGCCGCGGCUCCCCGAGAUCAAGAUCAGCCUGGGGCCGCCCGCCGAGCCGCCGUUCAGCAUCGCGCAGCUGCUGACGCCGCAGCUGGCCGCCCGACCGCCCGACACCGGGCACAGGGCUCCGCGGGCCGACGGCCCCGAUAGGGUGCCGCAGUUCCUGGUGCGCGACGUGCGGGAGGGCAAGGGCAAAGCGCAGGCUCCCCUGCAUCAGGUGCGGGACGUGCGUAAGCUCAUCAAAGGCUCCCACGGCGGCGACGCGGCGGAUAACGGCAGCGACAGGGGCAGCGUGGGCUCCGAGCAGGGCGGCGCCGACCACCGGCAGCCCGGCCCGACCGAAGCGGGGGGCAAAGCGGCGGCGGCGGGGGGCCGGGCGCUGGGCUGCCCGCCGGAGGGCACCGUGCUGGUGCACCGCACCUCGGGCCGCCUGCCCGUGGCCACCAUCGCGCCCAACAAGAGCGACCCGCGGCAGCCCGCCGUGCUUAAGAUCGUCGCCAAGUCGGCCGCGCCCUGGCGGCACCAGGCGGCCCCGGCGCCCGCCGAGAAGGGCCGCGGCGCGGAAGAGGACCCGCGGGAGGAGGGCAAGGCGGCGCCGGUGCAGAACGCGCUGGAGAAGCUGACGGCGGCGGUGCGCAGCAUGGAGGAGCUGUACAGCUUCAGCAAGCGCGAGUGGAAGCGCAAGAGCGACCCGCUGCCCAUCACCGGCAGCCACGUCCUGUCCCUUAUCGCCAGCCAGGAGCGCGACGCCGCGCCCCGCCCGCCCCUCACCGCCGAGCCGCCGCCCAAGGCCGAGGAGCCGGCGAACAAGGGCCCGGGCCCGGCGGGAGGAGACGGGCAGUACUACCUGCUGGACGCGCCGCCGCAGCAGCCCGCCAAGCGCCGCCUCUUCGACCCCGAGAGCGGGCAGUACGUGGAGGUGCCGGUGCAGCCGCCCGCCGUCGCCCCGCUGCCGCUGCCCCUGUCGCCCCUCGCCCUCAACGCCGGCGCCUUCGGGGCCGCCUACAUGCUGUACCCCGGGCUGCUGCCCGCCGCCGCCGUGCUGCCCGCCGGCGCUCUGCCGCGCCCGCUCUCCCACCCGGGCAGCGAGGGCAGCGGCGCGGCCGACCCGGGCAGCCCGGCGGAGCCCGAGGGCCCCUACUACGUGCCCGGCGGGCAGGGGCCGGCAGCGGCGGCGCGGCGCGCGGCGGCCGAGGCCAAACCGCUCGUCAGCAUCACGGCGCCCGGCGGCGGCCCGCGGCUCGUGGCACCGCCCUCCUUCGACGGCACGACCAUGCGGCUGGUGGUGGAGCACCGCUGA